AUGAAGUCCUUCGUUUCUGUCGCUAUUCUCCCUCUCGCGGUUCAGGCCGUGAGGAUCGUUCAGUCCAACGAUGAUGGCUGGGCAGAGUCUUAUAUCCGCACUUUCAAUGACGCUCUGAACAGCGCGGGCUACGACGUUGUUCUCUCCGCUCCUGCAGAGAACAAGUCUGGCAGCAGCUCUAGGGAUGAGAGGCCCAAAGACCGCACCACAGCGUGUCAGUAUGACAGCUGCCCUGCCAACAGCGGCCCCGUUGGCCAUGAUCCCAAACGCCCCGAUCUCAACUGGGUUAACUCGUUCCCUGUCACUGCUAUGAAGUACGGUAUCGACACUUUUGGUCCUAGCUUGUGGGGUGGCGAGGCUCCUGAGCUUGCUGUCGCUGGUCCCAACGUUGGAACCAACCUCUGGCUUCAAGUUCCUUUCUCUGGCACCGUCGGCGCCGCUUGCUAUGCUGCUCACGAAGAGGGCAUCCCAGCCAUUGCCUUCUCUGGAGCUUCUACCGGAAAUACGGCCUUCAACACUAGUCCCGUCCCUAAGCGCAGUCUCGUCUACGCUGAGCUCGCGACCACUCUCGUCAAGAAGAUUGUCGACUCUGGAAAGCCUUACCUGCCCCAGGACGUCUAUCUCAAUGUCAACUUCGGAAAGGUUGAGGGUAAAUGCACCGAUGCGUCCCAGUUCCAGUGGGUGCUGACUCGCAUCAACACUGGUCUUCUGUCCAAGGAUGAUACUGAAUGGUGUGGUGAGAAUCGUCUCCCUACUGAGACUGAGAUUGCUCUUAAGAGUGGAUGUUAUGCUUCUAUUAGUGUUGGAGAUGCUGCUGAUAAGACUACUGCUGAUGCUGCGCGACAGAAGGUUGUGUUGGGCAAGUUGAAGGACAUUCUUGUGUGUGUUGAUUAG